UCUGCGGACGCAGCGAGAAAAGGCUGGCGGCACUCAAGAAGCGGCUGUCGGCUCACUCGCAAGCGUGCACCCUGGCCACCUGCCGAGACCCUGGAAUGGCGUUCGGCCCGGGAGGCCGGCCGACGGCCAACACACCUGACAGCCUGACCGACGUGCCGCCUGCGUGUGCGUGUUGAUCCGUUGCGGCAUGUUCCUGUUGCUCCCGCGCGCCGGCCGAAGACAUGGGUUGUGGUAGGAGCAGACUGCAGAUUUUCCAGUCUGCCAGUUCUUCCAAGAAGAGGAAAAAGAAGAAAGAACGGGAAAUGGUAGCAGAGAGUGCGGACAAUGUGUCCAUCGAAGAAUCUUCCUUUGACCUCAACUCGGACUGCCCGGAAGCGGUGAAUGCGAGAAGAGCGGCGGCCGUCGCUCGUUUCCGCCAGAUUUCGCAGGGACCACUCUUGGCUAUGGCGGAAGUCUCCAAAAGCCAGACCGAUUUCUUCAAGAUGCUAGAUGAAAAAAUUGAAAACGGUCCUGACUACAGCGAGUCAGGCGAGAACACCAGGACGGCGAGUCCAUCACUGGAUCUGAACAAGCUGCGCAGACUGUCGCUGAUGAGCAACGGCCACAAGUCUUCAGUUAGCUCGAUUAAAUUCCACAGCCAAGGCUUCCUGACCUCUUCCCCAACGAGGGCGCGUACUCCGCAGCCCGCCACCAUUUCCCCGAAGCACCGGCUGCCACCCUUGCAGGCAUCGCCGCCGCCCAAGGAGCCCGGCAGCAGGCGCUCAAGUCCGACCCACAUCCUCGGCCUGGCGCUGUCCAGCCCGCUGAAGGGCAACCACGGCAGUCCUCGCAUGUUUACGUCAAACAAAGUUUUCCGGGCAGAAGAACUGGCCACUCGCUACGACUAAAAACUUAAUGGUUUCUGGACCUUAAUGCAGUGCUUGGACACGAGCUGCGUUGAAAAAUAUGCUACAUAUGUUUAAUACGUAAAUGUGUGUAUGUGGUUGAUAUUUUGAUUACUGUUCGUACACACUUUUGUUGGCUGCUCUCUAUGUGAUCCUAUUAUCCAUAUUUGUGCAAAGAUUCGGAACCAGUGAUUCCUGCUGUGUAUGGAAAAAUAAUGUAUUUGACGUCAUCAUAUCAGUGUUUGAUAUUUUGUUGCGUUUUUCGUUCUCAUUCCAAAAGGCGGAUUCUGUUGGCUAAACUAAGUAAUUCACACAAAGUCAUAUUAUCCCCCGUGCCUACGAUAGACUUCCCCCUUGAAAAGUGUAAUUUUUAACGUUCUGCAAUACUGUGUACGCCUAAAUAUGUGGUUUCAUAUCCUGGUUAGUCUCAUGUAUUGACAUGGACCAUUUCGUGCUGUAGUCAAGGCCUUAAUAGUUCAAUAAGUGCAGACAAUUAUCUCACACAUGUUCAAACUAAGCGUUCAAUAUCAAAUUUAAGUAAAACAGUUUGUAAUUUGGACCAAGUUUUAUCAAAAUGUUUUGUUCUAAAAAUUUGAAUUGGAUUCAAAGGCUGUUGAAAGAAAUAUGUGAAAAAUAAAAUCUGCAUUCAUUAAA